AUGAAGCGCAAGGACCCCAACCACGACGACGCGCGGGGGUUCACGCGGCUGCCGCAGCGGCACGACCACCGGGUGCUGCUGCUGCUGAUUUUCAGCUUCCGCAAGCAGCGGGCGCCGCUGGCCUACGACGACGUGUCGCUGCUUGAGCUGGCGCUGGCGCUGGUGGAGCGCCCCCCGUCGUCGGCGUACUCGAUCUACCCGCACGCGGCCCAGUUGCCCGGCCAGGCCCACCUGCGGCUGGCGCUGGCGUACCUGAUCCUGACGGUGCCGCUGACGGCGCCGCUGCUGGUGCCGCUGGCGGUCGAGGUCGUCGCCAACCCCAUGCACCACCACCCGGCGCUGGCAGCGCUGUUGAAAGCUAGCGCCACCAACCCCGCGGCGCCGCUGCCGAUGCACCAUCACCCGACCCCCGCCCAGCAUAAGCGGCGUCACCAGUUCGGCACCACCAAAUCCAACAAUAAGCCGCCCCCACCAAAAAUCCACCACCCGUCGCUCGCUCGCGACUUCCAUUUGGAGAAGCCGCUGCUGGACGCCGAGAUCGAACAGCGGUUCCGGCUCAUCAUGGAGAAACGCGAUUUCAAACUGUUGCCGGAGCUGGCGAAGCAGGAGAUGGCCAACUAUAAUAUUGACAAGAAGUGGAUGCUUAUCUACCAGGACGCCUUAGCGGAGUACGCACGCACAGGGUCAGUGCCUCUACCCGCGACCGAGAACGCCGCCGCCCCGCAAUUCUAUACCCGGAAGCUUCUCGAGGCUUCCAUUCUGGCCACCGAUUUAAAGAACCUCUGGGUCAGUUUGCGUACUGAGCCCAUCGAGUGGGUGCGGCGCUUCAUCUACGACUACCAGGGCGAUCUGCUUUUGCUGCAGUACUUGAUCAAAGUGCACGAUGAGAUCUGCGCCCGCGAAUGGCACUUAAUCUCCGACGACUUGUUUGAUCGCGAGUUCGAAACGUUGAAAGCGCUAAAGUGUAUGAUGAACCAGAAAUUGGGCGCCGAGCGUGUGCGAACCGAUGUUGGCCUCUACGUGAAAGCGAUCCUGGGUCUGUUAUUGCUGCCACGGAUCAUCACCCGCAGAAUGGCAGCCGAACAGCUCACGUUCAUGCUUGCCUACUACCUGGAAAACGGCGCCAACAUCGAUAAGUACCGCCGCAUUCUCGCCGCCAUCGACGCCAUCCCGCAACUGCCGUGGUUCGAUUUCGACCCGUCGCAUAAAGGACGCGUCAUCCGCCAACGAGGCCACCCCGACCAGUAUAAGCGGUUUGAACUCUGGUUAUCGGUAGUGGAGAAAACCGUUGAUGGGAAAGGGACAUUUGCUGGACUGACAGUGGGAGCUCUGGAAGAGUUUAAGCUCGCCAAUAAUGGCAGUGCCACGCUGGCAUCGCCGGAAAACAACUUAUACGAGUACUGCCUCGGCACCAUGCUUUUGGUCAAUACUAUUGUCCACUUUGUCGUUGAUUACCGCUCGAGAAUCCACUUACGGGCUCAGUUUACUGCCGCCGGGAUUGACCGGCUCAUGCCCAAAUUUGAACUGCUAGGCUACGAUCAAUUACGUCAUCAAGUGGCUAACUACCGUGAGGCUCAGCGUAGCGACGCCCAGGAGCUUAAGGAAGCUGAACUGAUCGAUCAGGAUUUGGAUUUCAAUAACCCGAAGGAGUUAAUUGACCUGAUGUGGAAAUCCGUCGACGCUGAGGCUCAGGGGUACUUGCUCUCAGCAUUACAGCACUUAUACUUGACUCAUACCUCAGGCAAUAACUCUGAUCAGCUGCGUACGCUUAGAUUACUCGAUGGCAUUGUCCAGAACAUGGGAUCGCAACUGCUGGGCCACGACGACGCCGCGUUGGGGAUCGCCAUGAACCAGUUGAUGGCGCUGAUGCUGACGGACGACAUGUACCAGAAGGCGAUGAACGAAGCCCGGCAGUAUAAGAAGAUGGCUGAAGAAGCGACGGCCGAAAGAGACGAUUUACUGAGACAAUUGGGCCUUGGCGCCGAAGGGUUGAUUGCCAACUUGAACAAUGAAAUCAGAGAGCAACAGGCAGUGAUGAUGCGUACUCGUCGUCUUAACGAAGAGCUUAAUGAAGAGCUUGAAGAGUUGAAACGCAAGCAUUUAUUGGAAAAGCAGGAACAGGAGCUUGAGAUGAGAGAGUUGUUGAUCAUGCUUGAUAACGAGGCUGACGAGAAGAAGGAUAACGACCGUUUGGUACGCAAACUUAAGGGCCAGAUCCACCGUAAGCGCGCCGAAUACAAGCUUGAGAACCGCCAGUUCGGCACCCAGGUGGAGCCGCUGCUGCGGCUUCGCAAGUUGCGUGACCAGAUGGGCGAUAUCGAGAACAUGGCCAGAGAGUUGGAAAUGACCGAUUUCGACGAAAUGAUGAAACCUCCGCCCAUCGACGAAAUCGAGGAAGUGGAAGACUUGCUGCUGCUGCUGUCGCUGUCGCUGUCAAGACUGCUGGCGUUAGAAGAGCUUUCCGAGGAGGUGAUUGCCGAUAUCACUACCCCGCAACCACCUCCCGUGGCGAGAGAACCGACGCCUCCGCCUCGUCCUAUCCGCACCGACGACCUCGAAAAGCUCGACAGCUUGCGCAAGAAGCUCGAGCUGUUGCAGCUGGAGCUGAACGACAUCAUGAAGUUCAACCACCUGGCGAUGUUCUCCAAGCAGCGGUACAUGGCGAUCGAGCGGCUCCACGAGCUCGAGAACCUGUUCCGCGACUUCAAUUUGGACUUCUCCACGCCCCAGGACGAACAGCAGGAGUUCUCGUUUGCUGAAAGCGUCGACCCCGUGGUGCGGCUGAAGAUCCAGCACGAGUACGCCCAAAUCGAGAAGAUGAAGGAGGAGCUUAGACAGAAGCUUGCCGCGGCCGAUGAAGCCAAUACUAACGCUGCUCAAGCCGAACAGAUGGCUCAAGACCGGUACAUGGCGGCCAUGGCUAAGCUUGAAGCGGCUCAGUUGAUUGAAGACGAAGCGGAGAAGGCUCAAGCAGCAUCGCAGCUGGCGCUUGCCAGAUUGGAAGACCGUUAUGGUCGGGGCAAGCGAGAACCCACGGAAGCGGAGAAGGCGAGAAUGGUGGAUAUCCCCAAGGGAGCUAAGCGUUUGAACCGCCAAGCUACCGUCACUAAUAUGGACCCAGCAUUCUUACAAGAACUCUCUCUGAAAGUGGGCCACUCGCCGGCAACGUCAGCGGCGUCGUCAGUGGCUCCUCUGCCUGCCAUCCCUCAAACUGAGGCCAAGAAGGAUGAGGUUAAGGAAGAAGCUAAGGAAGAACCAAAGAAGGAAGAAGCUAAGGACGAGGCUAAAGAGGAAGUUAAGGAGACCUCCUCCUAA